AUGAAUCUCGCCGUUUUCAGCACGAAAUCAUAUGAUAAACUCUACCUCGAUACCAUCCUCCACGACCAGUUCCCCUCCCUGUGUACAAUCACCUAUCACACCUUCGCCUUGACCUCCGACACGGUCGCGCUCGCGCAGGGGGUCGACGCAAUCUGCGCCUUCGUCAACGACACCCUCGACGCCCCCGUUCUCCGAACCCUACACAGCCUCGGCGUGCGCGCGAUCCUCCUCCGCUGCGCGGGCUUCAACAACAUCGACCUCCCCCUUGCCGAAGAACUGGGCUUCUUUGUCGCCAACGUCCCCUCUUACUCCCCCGAAGCCGUCGCGGAAUUCACCGUCGCCCUGGUCCAGACGCUGAACCGCAAGACCCACCGCGCCUACAACCGCGUGCGCGAGGGGAACUUCAAUCUCGAGGGGUUCCUAGGCUCCACGCUGCACGGGAAGACCGUGGGGAUUGUAGGCGUGGGGCGGAUCGGACUGGCGCUUGCGAAGAUCUUCCAUGGCUUUGGGUGUCGAUUGCUGGCGUCGGAUCCGUUUGGGGGCGACGAGUUCCGAACGUACGGCGAGUUGGUGGACUUGCAUGCGUUGUUGGCGGAGAGCGAUAUCGUGAGCUUGCAUUGUCCGUUGACGGAGGGGACGCGGCAUCUCAUCGACAAGGAGAAUCUCGACAGGAUGAAGCCCGGCGCGUUGCUGGUGAAUACAUCCAGAGGUGGUCUGCUUAAUACGAAAUCCGUGAUCGAGGCCCUCAAGACCGGGAAGUUGGGCGGGUUGGCCCUGGAUGUGUAUGAGCAGGAGGGCGCGCUGUUUUAUAACGACCAUUCGCAUGAGAUUAUCCAUGACGAUACCCUGAUGCGGUUGAUGACCUUUCCCAAUGUGCUUGUUUGUGGGCACCAGGCGUUCUUUACCAAGGAGGCUCUGACGGAGAUUGCCUCGACCACGUUGGCGAAUUUGCAGGACUGGGUGAUGAAGAGGCCUUGCAAGAAUUCCUUGGUUAGGGAGGGCCAUUUACUAGUUGCGAGGGAUAAGGAGCCUGUGCGAUUGUAG